CGCCGACGCAUUGUCCAGCUCCGUUUUCUUCUCUCUCCUUUCGCCUCCAAACUGCAUAGACACUGACAGGAUGGCCGAGAACGCGCCCGCGGCUGAGAACAAGCCUGCCCAUGAGCAGGACAUUAACCCCUGGUCCGUGGAGGGUGGACGCGACGAGAACGGCGAGGUCGUCGCUAUCGACUACGAGGCCAUCUGUCGGAAAUGGAACACCUCGAUCAUCGACGAAAAGCUUCUCGAGCGUUUCGAGAAGGUCACCGGACACAAGCCGCACCGCUGGCUCCGCCGCGGCUUGUUCUUCAGCCACCGUGACUUCGACCGGAUCCUGACCCUUUACGAACGGGGUGAGCCUUUCUUCCUCUACACCGGCCGUGGGCCCAGCAGUGGCAGUCUGCACCUCGGUCACACCAUUCCCCUCCAGUUCACCAAGUGGCUGCAGGAUGUAUUCGACGUCCCGCUCGUCUUCAUGCUUACGGACGACGAGAAGGCGUUGUUCAAGGACAACAUCUCCUUUGAGGAUGCUCUGGGUUUCGCCAUGGAGAACGCCAAGGAUAUUAUUGCGCUUGGAUUUGACCUGAAGAAGACCUUUAUCUACAGCGACUUGAAGUACAUCAGCAACCACAUUUUGAUGAACGCCUGGGAGUUCUCCAGUCUGGUCACUUUCAACCAAGUCCGUGGCGCGUUCGGGUUCAACGAGAGCACCAACGUCGGCCGCAUCUUCUUCCCCGCCGUGCAGUGUGUCGCCGCCUUCGCGACCUCCUACCCCGAGAUCUGGAAGGACGAGCCCCUCCAGGAACGCACGCAAGAGAUCGCCAAAAUCCAAUGUCUGAUCCCCAUGGGUAUCGACCAGGACCCGUACUUCCGUCUGCUCCGGGAAAACGCCCACCGCAUGAAGUUCCCGUCCCCGAAGCCGGCGCUCAUCCACUCCAAGUUCCUCACGGCCUUGCAAGGUGCCGGCGGCAAGAUGUCUGCGUCGGAACCCAACUCGGCGAUCUUCAUGACCGAUACUGCCAAGCAGAUCAAAACCAAGAUCAACAAGUACGCCUUCAGUGGCGGCCAGGUCAGCAUCGAGGACCACCGCCGCUUGGGCGGCAAUCCGGACGUCGACGUCUCAUACAUCUACCUGACCUACUUCGAGGAGGACGAUGCCAAGCUGGCCGAGGUGUACGACAGCUACAAGAAGGGGGAUCUGCUGACGGGCGAGCUGAAGAAAAUGACCAUCGAGGUGCUGCAGGAGUACGUCGCGCAGUUCCAGGAGAAGCGCAAGGAGGUCUCGGACGAGGUGCUGGCCGCGUACAUGAAGCCCCGCAAGCUCGAAUGGAAGGGAAACCCCAACCCCGUGCCCGCGCCCCCGGAGGAGACGCUGGCUGAGCGGCCAAAGAAUGAGAAGAAGGAGAAGGAGAAGGAGAAAAAGGAGAAAAAGGAACAGGCGUGACUAGGUUGUUCACGUUCGGUGGAUAAGGGUAGAGAGGAUUUUCGAGGGGAUGAUUUAGACAUAUACCAUUUUUGUUUGAGG